ACAGGAACUACUCAAGCAAAUCAUACGGCGACGCCUGGCGACAGUGACGGCAGCACCGCGGUCUCCCACACCACCUCCCCUCUUUUGCUUCUUCUUGUUGUUGCGUGUGCGGCUGCGGCUGCGGCUGCGGUGGUGGCCGCGUGA